GCGGUCAGUCUCUGUAGUCACUGCAAGCAGCGGUCGCAGAACAAUGGCUGUGGUCAUACUCCUUUUACAGUCGUUCCUAUUUCUCCUGGCGUUGCCAAUCUAUGUCCUUAACUGCCUUGGGAUUUGGGACAAGAUGGUCAAGAAGAUAUUUCCUUACUUGCUGUGUAAACUAACUGCUAUGUAUAACAAAUCUAUGGAACAAAUUAAGAAGGACCUCUUCAGUAAUGUCAGUGAUUUCGCCAGUUCUUCGAAGGAACUCACACUACUUGAGAUUGGCUGCGGUACUGGGGCCAACUUCAAAUUCUACCCAGAUGGUUGCAGAGUGACCUGUAUGGACCUUAACCCAAAUUUCCAGUCGUUUUUGAGUGAAAGCCAAGCAAAGUGUGAUCAUCUUAAAUUUGAACGUUUUCUGGUAGCGUCCGCGGACAACAUGAGCCAAGUGGCCGAUAACUCUAUGGAUGUGGUUGUCUGUACCUUGUUGGUAUGCUCGGUGCCAAACACACCAAAGGUGCUGAAGGAAGUGCAGAGAGUGCUCAGACCAGGUGGAGCCUUCUACUUCUUGGAGCACGUAGCCGCACAGGAUGAUUCCAGUUGGAUUAGCUUCCUCCAGAAAGUUCUGAACCCUACGUGGAGGCUGUGUUUUGAUGGAUGUAGCCUAAGAAAGACAACUUGGAAAGACCUUGAAAAUGCCAAGUUCUCUGAGCUAAAACUGCGCCACAUACAAGCUCCAAGUGUUUUAAAACCCAUAAUCCCUCAUGUAGUUGGAUAUGCUGUGAAAUAAGUAUGUGCAGAAUUUUGGUGGUGAAUUGGGCUCUGUUUCCAUCAAAAAUGAACAAAAUGUAUACAAUAUGUGUGGUGGACGUAGAAUGGAUAAGUGGGUCAUUUAUGUAACCUUGUUAGAUGCUAAGAUGCUGAUCUUUAAAUAUUUUUUUUUAAUUUUCUGACCAAAUUUACCACCAAUUUUGCUGCUGUUACACUUUGACUUUGUUCUACACAAUAUGUCAAGAAAUAUUGCAGAUAAAUGUAUCCAACGCUUCUAGGUAUUUGUAAGUGGCAUGUAAUAAAAAAUGAUGUCUCAAACUGAAUCUUUCCGGGAUGUACUAGUACAUCUUAAUAAAGCAUCCCUUUAACCUC